AUGGGCGUGCUUGAAAGGAUCAAGGUCCAGCUUCAGCCGUCGGCAGAGCAGAGCAGCUCGACUACAGUGGAUGAUGAAGAGAAGAGCCCUGAGAUGAUACAAGACGGGGAUGAAAAGGAGAAGUCGGCCAACGUAUCAGCAACUGACCAGUCGGGAGUUGCGACUAUCGAGGCAGCUCAGGCAAUAUGGGGCAAAAGAGGGCGGUAUCUCAUCAUUGCCGGUCUGGCUCUCAUAAUGAUCAUAUAUGAAAUCGACAACACGACGGUCUACAUUUACCUCAACUAUGCAACCUCCUCGUUCAACGCUUUGUCCGUCAUCGGAUCUCUCGGAACAGCUAAAGUUGUGAUCUUCGCCGCCGUGAAGCCGCCCUUAGCCAAAAUUUCCAAUGUCAUUGGGCGAGGCCAGACAUACCUGAUCACCAUAACGUUCUACGUCCUUGCAUAUAUCCUCAUGGCCUCAGCCUCAUCUCUAAGCGUAUACGUUGUCGGGUCUGUCUUCUACACAAUCGGUCAAAGCGGUACCAACAUCCUCAACGACAUCAUCAUCUCGGAUAUUACCACAGCCCGCUGGCGCGCUUUCGCCAUAGCUGUGUCCUUCACCCCCUUUCUCAUCACUCCAUGGUGCGCGGCCUUCAUAGUCGAUAGUGUCGUGUCAGAUGGCGGUAUAGGCUGGCGAUGGGGAGUCGGAAUGCUGGCUAUACUGAUGCCAUUCUGCGCGAGCUUCAUCAUCACCACCCUGCUCUACUACCAGGGCCGCUCGAAGAAGAUGGGUCUGGCUCCGAAGACAAAGCUGACCGUGUACGACUUCUGCUCCCAGAUCGACUUGGGCGGCAAUCUGCUCUUCACCGCUGGUCUGGUCCUCCUCCUGCUCCCUAUGGCGCUCUCCGGCCUGACUCCCAGCAACUGGAGCACGCCAUGGGUGAUCGCUCUCAUUGUCCUGGGAGGCGUGUUGUUAAUAACUCUGCCCUUCUACGAACACUACAUGUCCCGGUAUCCGAUCAUGCCACCAUCUUAUUUCAAGAACAUCACGAUCGUCUUAUGUCUGCUGCUGAACGGAUUCGAUUCACUGUCCUUCUCCUCUACCCAUGCAUAUCUUUAUCCAUGGGGACGCGUGGCGCAUGGUUUCAAUGCGAGAAACAACACAUUUUUCACGUACACCAAUGGAAUCGUCCAGUGUCUUAUGGGUAUACUUGUCGGUCUUGUCGUGGCUAAGACCAGGCGCUAUAAAUGGAUCGCUGUUGCAGGUGCUUGUAUUAGGACCGUCGGGUACGGGGUAAUGUUGAGGCUCCGAGGUAGUCACAACUCUACUGGCGAGCUGUUCGCUGUUCAGGUCAUCCAGGGGAUCGGAAGUAUAUCGGUGCCGCAUGCGCAGAUGCCACAGAUAACAGCCCUAGUUAUCAGCGCCUCCUUCGUGGGAAGCAGUGUAGGUAGCUGCAUCGCCGGUGGUAUCUACACGAACGCCUUCCGGCCUGCGUUGUGGAACCACUUAGGUGAUAGCGCCACGCCGGAAAUGGUGAACUCGCUGUUCAACUCCAUCACUGGAACGCUGCCUGCUUGGGGAUCAUCCGAAAGAGACGCUAUUAACGCGGCGUACUCGGAUGUCCUCCGUUAUAUGACCUAUGCUGCUCUUGGAGCCUCUAUUCCUGGUCCUAUCAUGGCGUUUUUCUUGCCAAACUUUCGUCUCCCUGAUCGCAACAACCUUGUGGAGGACUAA